UUGUAAUAAAAUCACGAGAAUAAGGCAAUUAAAUAAGUUUUUGUGCAAGUUCGUGAGGAAUUAAUUUUUUUGCUAAAUAUCACAGUUUUUUUUUAAUAUUAUUUUAUACAGACAAAAAUUGUUAUAAAUUGCUAUUCACGCAUUUUUUUUCUCUUCAAAAUGUAGAUAUGCGAUUGGCCGUGGCCAAUGUCAGACAAGCUUGUAAGGUCUAAUUUUUUGUUGUUGCUUGUGUGAUAACCAUAAACAAAAUUGUUAGUUGCAUAAUUGUUGAUGAGCAAAAAUUAUCUAGCGCGUCCUCAAAUGAUCAUCAAUACCGAAAACUGAUUAAUAAAAACGAUGACAUUGUUCACAAGUCCACUUGUAUGCUUCUUGUUGUUCUUUGAUGCGUACAGUAGAAAAAAGCAAUUUGCAUUCAGUGCAAUUAUAAAAACAGUCGUCCCAGAUUAUAUUGACAUAGAACAAUUAAAUGGUUUGAUUUAAAAUGUGUGAAUAAAAUAUUUUCUACAUGAAUAGUUACGGCGUCUGUGUAUGUGUGCGAAAUAGAGAGAGAGAAAGGCAUUAUUUUGUUAAGUGAUGCUAAUAUGAUCAUUGACGUGUGCUAAUCACUUUUGUACGGGAAUAUGUUAGCGGCACUCACAAAUUGAUAUUUCAUAUUAAAUAACUUUUAUUCAAAUUGUACAACGAAGAUUGAUGUGACAUAAUGAAAAUUUCAUUGAGUUAUAAAAUAUAUUAGAUAAAUUACAGUUCGAAUAAACGACCAGUGCAAAACCGUAGACGAGAAUACAGUGAUUUUUAAUAACAUUCUGAUUUACACAACUUUUGGGGGAAAAGUACGUUUUCUCCGGCGUUAUUGGCUACUUAAUUAGUGCCGUUCUCUAUCAAAUCGUAUCAGUAUAAAGUCGUAAUUGAACAUCGAUUGUAAAAGUUAGCACGAAAAUUAUUUUCUGCUGUGAAAACCAUUAAAAAAAUUUUCAUUCAUAUUUCCGUUGAACAAUAAUUUUAUUCUUAUCAUUUCUGAAGAAAACAUAAGCUAUAGCCUGUAGUAUACUUCUCAAAUUCUCAAAUCGAAUUCAAAUGUUUUGUUAUAGAAAAUCUGGUCUAAUUCCUAUAAUCAAAAUAGAAACUAAUUGAGUUCAGCGCCUCAAGUGGUGAGAACUCGAACUGUAUAUGAAUGUAACUUCAAAUUGACAGAAGUCUUCGACGGGCUACACAUGUGCUUACGAUAGUAAACAACGCGAAUGUGCAGAAAAAGCGAUGAAUUUAUUCUAAUAAUAUUUAAAAGAAAUUUGUGUCAUCAUUUAAUAAAGAAUAAAGAAAACGUGCCAAGAUGUUUAUGACCGAUGUGAAUGAUGUGAAAAUAUAUAAUUUGAGUGCUGGGAAAUCACUCCCAGAAUGGCUGACAGAUCAACGGCGGCGAAAAUUACUCAACAAAUCAGUGGAUUUGAGAAAGAGAAUUGAGCUAAUUCAGGACUUUGAUAUGCCAGACGCCUGCCAAUCAAUUCGAAUGUCCCCGGACAAUCAGUUCAUCAUUGCGACUGGAACGUAUAAGCCGAGAGUGACGUGCUUCGAAGUGAACAAUCUAUCGGUCAAAUUUGAACGAUGUUUUGAUUCGGAAGUCGUGUGCACAGAGGUUCUCAGUGAUGACUACAGUAAAAUGGUAUUUCUACAAAACGAUCGAUACGUUGAAUUUCAUGCUGCGCACGGUCGACAUUAUAGAUUGCGUAUACCAAGAUUUGGUUACGACAUGAAAUAUCAUGCUCCGUCAUGCGAUUUAUUUGUUGUCGGCGCAUCAAGUGAAAUUUAUCGACUGAAUUUGGAACGUGGGCAGUUCUUGCAGUCCUUGAAAUCACAGUCAACUAGCUCAGUGAAUCGUUGUGAGGUGAAUCCCGAUCAUCACUUGAUUUGCUUUGGAACCCAAGAGGGAACAGUCGAAGCAUGGGAUCCACGUGAUAAGAAUAGAGUUGGUGUAUUAGAUGUUGCAAUGAAUGUAUCAAAAUUUAAAACAUUCCCAUCCAUAUCAGCGAUGAAGUUCAAGGAUAGCUUACAAUUGGGUGUCGGCACACAUUCGGGUCAUGUGCUAGUUUUUGAUAUACGCGCUAAUCAGCCCAUGAUUGUAAAGGAUCACUUGAAUCAAUUUCCAAUCAAACAAAUUGCCUUCAAUCCAUCACAAAAUGCCAUUUAUUCGAUGGACACAGCUAUAUUCAAAGUGUGGAACGAGACGUCGGGUAAACAAAUUGCAUAUAUCGAAUCAGACACCAGCUUCAAUGAUUUCACAACGAUAUCAAAUACGGGUCUGGUAUUUUUCGCUCAAGAUGAUGUCAAAAUGCUCACAUAUUAUAUUCCAUUGAUGGGCCCCGCUCCUCGUUGGUGCUCAUUCUUGGAUAACCUCACCGAGGAAAUUGAGUCGGAAAAUAUUCAGAACAUAUAUGAUGAUUACAAAUUUGUUACGAAACAAGAGCUGAUCGAACUUGGGCUCGAGCAUUUGGAAGGAACGAAUUUGCUUCGGGCAUACAUGCACGGAUUCUUCGUUGAUAUUCGUCUUUACAACAAGGCUCGCUCAGCAAUUGAGCCAUUCGCCUUUGAAAAAUACAGAAAAGAGAAGAUUCGCCAGCAAAUUGAGGCCUCUCGACCCGCUCGCCUCAAGAUCAAAUCCGACUUACCUGCUGUUAAUCAAGAGUUGGCUUUGAAAUACAUAGAUGACAAUGAAAAUAACGGACGAAAGAAGUCUGCCAAUUUGUUGAAAGAUGACCGGUUCAAGGCACUCUUCAGCAAUCCUGAAUUUGAAGUAGAUAAAAAUGCGGACGAAUAUAAAAUGUUAACGCCAGUGCUGAGCCGAUUGCAAAAGGGUAAAGUAAGAGAGCUCAAACGAAAGGUGGAAAGCGCGAUGCCGUUCAUGGAUGAGGAUGAGAAAGCAAAGAGUUCUGAUGAUGACCUGUUCUCAGAAGAGCCUGAAGACGAGGAAAUGGAGAGCUCCGAUGAUGAUGAUCGCACAUGGGAGAAAAAUCUAAAGAAAACAUACCGUCAAAUUCGAAUUGAUCAAAAAUUCAAAUCACUUGAAGAAGAUGACAACAGUGCUGAAAAUGAAAAUGACGACGAGCCAGCAACGACACUUGGACAGUCAAGUUCAACAAAUGGAAAUGGUAAAAACAUUGAGUUUAAGGUGAAGAACAUAACAACUAAGGCCAACAAAAAAAGUUUGGGUGAUCGUUUGCAGAACACUAGCGGCAUCGAGCAACCGGUGAAUAGUAAUCGCUUGGGAAGCACACAAAUGGCGUUUACCAUUGGAAAGAAAUCGAAAUACAAUAAGCAGCGAGAAAAUGAUUUAAAGAGACAUAGAGAAGAGCGCAAGAGUGUCAUAAGACCAAUCAAAAGUCUGCAUUUGAAAAAAUAUGUUCCGAAAUCUUAGAUAUUUCGACACAAUAAUUUUUCGAUAUUUUAAAAAUGUUUGAGUGAAACAUUUAAAUUCAAUGAUUUUGAUGAUAAUAUUCACACAAAAUUGUGACACUUUAUUUGUUGCUAGAAUUACUUAUAUUUCGAAUAAAAUAGAAUGUGAAAAAUUAA